UGCUGCUUGUGUUUUAAUUUUUUUUUGCUGGCUUCGUUUGGUUGUACGCUUUUUUUUUUUUUUUUUUCUUAAAUGUCGGGACUGACCGAUUGACCCAGCCGCGGAGGAGACCAGCGCAGGGGCCGAUGCGGACAGUCCGGCCAGGGGAACGCGACGAGCCGCUAGACCAGCAGCCAUGCAGCCGCAGCAAAUCUACGACUUCUCCAGCGAAGAAAACAGGCACAAAUGGAGAGGCCUUUUCGUGCCAGCCCUCCGAAAGGUCCAGCUGCAGGUUCAUCCCAAUCUCUCAGCCAAAGAGGACGCCCUUCAGUACAUCGAGGAGCUGAUUCUGCAGCUCCUGAGCAUGCUCUGUGUAGCACAGCCGCGCACGGUCCAGGACGUCGAGGAGCGUGUUCAGAAGACGUUCCCUCAUCCCAUUGACAAGUGGGCCAUUGCCGACGCGCAGUCCGCCAUCGAGAAGCGCAAGAGGAGGAACCCCCUGCUGCUGCCUGUAGACAAGAUGCACCCGCUGCUGAAGGAGGUCCUCGGCUAUAAAAUCGACUACCACGUGUCCCUGUACAUUGUGGCUGUGCUGGAGUACAUCUCCGCCGACAUCCUGAAGCUCGCUGGGAACUACGUGGGAAACAUCCGGCACUACGAGAUCAGCCAGCAGGACAUCAAGGUGUCCAUGUGUGCCGACAAGGUGCUGAUGGACAUGUUUGACCAGGACGAGGACAUGGGGCUGGUGUCUCAGUGCGUGGACGAGCCCUCCUGCCCGGGGGAGCUCUCCUACGAUGACCUGGUGCGCGCGGAGAUCGCCGAGGAGCGGCAGUACCUGCGCGAGCUCAACCUCAUCAUCAAGGUCUUCCGCCACGCCUUCUCCAACGCCAGGCUCUUCACACCUCAUGAUAUCGAGGUGAUCUUCAGCAACAUCCUGGACAUCCACGAGCUGACGGUGAAGCUGCUGGGGCUGAUCGAGGACGCGGUGGAGAUGACGGCCGAGGGCAGCCCGCACCCCCUUGUCGGCAGUUGCUUCGAGGACCUGGCGGAGGAGCAAGCGUUCGAUCCAUACGAAACCCUGUCCCAGGACAUCCUGUCCCGGCAGUUCCACGAGCAUUUCAGCAGCCUGAUGGCCACGCCUGCAGUGGCUCUUCACUUCCAGUCGAUUGCGGAGGGGUUCAAGGAGGCAGUCCAGUACGUCCUCCCUCAGCUCAUGAUGGUCCCAGUCUACCACUGCUUGCACUACUUCGAGCUGCUACAGCAAUUGCAAGAGCGAAGCAAGGAUCAGGAAGACCGGGAGUGUUUGAAACAGGCCAUCACCGCCCUCCUCAACCUGCAGUGCAGCAUGGAGAGGAUCUACAGCAAGAACCUGCCGCGACGCAAGCCAGGGGAGCCCAUGUACCGCCUGUACAGCCGGCAAGUGCGGAGCAAGCAGCUGGCCAUCAAGAGGAUGAACGAGAUCCAGAAGAGCAUCGACGGCUGGGAGGGCAAGGACAUCGGGCAGUGCUGCAGCGAGUAUAUCCUGGAGGGCCCCCUGUGUCACACGGGGGCCAAGCACGAGCGCCACCUGUUCCUGUUCGACGGGCUGAUGAUCAGCUGCAAGGCCAACCAUGGCCAGUCCUCCCGGCUGCCCGGCUCCAGCAGCGGCGCUGAGUACCGGCUCAAGGAGAAGUUCGUCCUGCGCAAGGCACGCAUUUCCGACCGCGAGGACACGGCCGAGCUGCGGCACGGCUUCGAGAUCACGAGCCGGGAGGAGGGCGGCGUGGUGUUCUGGGCCAAGGGUGCAGAGGAGAAGGGGGCAUGGAUGGCAGCCCUGGUGUCUCUGCAGUACCGCGGCACGCUGGAGCGCAUGCUGGACGCAGUGCUGCUGAGCGAAGAGGAGGCCCAGCCCCUGCGCCUUCCCUCCCCGGAGCUGUACCGCUUCGCAGUGCAGGACUCUGAGGAGAACAUCGUGUUCGAGGAGCGUGUGCAGAGCAAGACCGGCACACCCGUCGUGAAGGCGGGCACCGUGGUCAAACUGAUAGAGAGGCUGACCUUCCACAUGUAUGCAGACCCCAAUUUCGUGCGCACUUUCUUGACGACGUAUCGUUCGUUCUGCAAACCACACGAGCUGCUGAGCUUGUUGAUGGACAGGAUUGAGAUCCCGGAUUCCGAGCCCUCCGAGGCGGACAAGCAGGCUCUGUGGAACGGGGAGCAGCCGAUGGCGGCCGAGCUUCAGAGGUUCCGCAAGGAGUAUGUCCAGCCAGUGCAGCUCCGGGUUCUGAAUGUAUUUCGGCAGUGGGUGGAGCAUCACUUUUACGACUUUGAGAGAGACCAUGACCUGCUUUACAGACUGGAAAAAUACAUCUCCAGCCUGAUUCAACUCCGCGGGAAGUCCAUGCGGAAGUGGGUGGAGUCCAUUAACAAAAUCAUCAAGAGGAAGAUCCAGACGCAGCUGAACGGAGUGAGCCACAACAUCACCUUCGAGAGCCCGCCCCCACUGGUGGAGUGGCACAUCAGCCGCAGCGGCCAGACCGACACCUUCGACCUCAUGACCCUUCACCCCAUCGAGAUCGCGCGCCAGCUCACCCUGCUCGAGUCUGACCUGUACAGAGCCGUCCAGCCCUCGGAGCUGGUGGGGAGCGUGUGGACCAAAGACGACAAAGAGCUCAACUCUCCCAACCUGCUCAAGAUGAUCCGACACACCACCAACCUCACCCUGUGGUUUGAGAAGUGCACCGUGGAGGCUGAGAACUUUGAUGAGAGGGUAGCUGUGUUCACACGGAUCAUCGAGAUCCUGCAGGUAUUCCAGGAGCUGAACAACUUCAACGGCGUGCUGGAGAUCGUCAGUGCCAUCAACUCUGUGCCUGUGUACAGACUGGACCACACCUUCGAGGCGGUGCCGGAGAGGAAAAGGAAGAUCUUGGAGGAAGCGGUGGAACUCAGUCAGGACCAUUUCAAGAAGUACCUGGCCAAGCUCAAGUCAAUCAACCCUCCUUGUGUGCCUUUCUUUGGGAUUUACCUCACCAACAUCCUGAAGACUGAAGAAGGGAACCCCGACUUUCUCAAGCGCCACGGGAAGGAGCUCAUCAACUUCAGCAAGCGCCGGAAAGUGGCCGAGAUCACAGGGGAGAUCCAGCAAUACCAGAACCAGCCGUACUGCCUGUGUGUGGAGCCCGAUAUCAGGAAGUUCUUUGAGAACCUGAACCCCGCGGGCUCCAUGAGUGAGAAGGAGUUUUCAGACUACCUCUUCAACAAGUCCCUGGAGAUAGAGCCCCGUAACUGCAAGCAGCCGCCUCGAUUUCCCAGAAGGACCCUGUAUUCCCUGAAGUCCCCGGGUAUCCGGCCCGUGCGCCACACCUCCACCUCGGGGACCCUGAAGGGGCACCCUGUCCCGCUGGAGAGAGAGCCCCCCCAUAAAAUCACCUUCCGCAGCAUCGCUGAGACGGAGCCUGAGAUACCGGCCACGUCUGCCUCCUCCUCCUCCGAGCUGGGCUCCGUGUUCCUGGACCUCGACCUCAGCAGCUCCUGCGGUAACAGCAGCAUGUUUGCUCAAGUUCUCCUGCCACAUUCAAAGUGGCACUCCAGUUCCUGUGGGAGUCUGCAUCAGCUCAGUGAGGAGCUGCUGAGGCCACCGCCACCCCUCCCUCCGCGCAGGAGAGACACCCUCACCGAGUCCAAGAUGGGUCCCUGGUGGUCAGACAGCCCUCCAGCCAUCCCCCCCAGACUGCCUCCUACUCUGUCCAGGACCCAGCCCCGAGUGUCUGUCUACAACGAGCCGAGCGAGGGCCCCCUGCCCAGCCCACCUCCCCCUCCCCCCAGGGACCCUGGGGACGACCUGGGACACCCCGCGAAGGUGCUUCCAAGUCGGUGUCGUGGGGGCCGAGGGGGUUGUGGGCACCCGGCCCGGGCACGCCCUCGCCCCCGCGUCCCCCGUCGCUGCUGCCCGCUCAGCGCCAGCCAGACCAACCUGUGCCAGAUGCCACCCCCUCCUCUGGCACCCCCAGUGCCCCCCAGACAGAACUCCAGCCCCCAGCUCCCCAAGCUCCCGCCAAAGACAUACAAGAGGGAGCUCGCUCCCUCACCCCUGCACAGACUGUUGCCGUUGGAGAGCGCAGAGACCAGCCAGUGAGGCUUCCCCCAGGCACACAGCACCCCUGCAGGGGGGAGAAGACACUGCAGUGUGAACUGCAUUGAGGUGCACUCUGUUCGGCUACUUUGGGGUGGUGUGUUGUUUCUUUUCUGCUCAGUUUGAAAUCACACUGGAAAGAAGUGACAAUGCCUUGUGGAUUAUUGUUUUAAUUAUUUUUUCCUCAAAAAAAGACUUGUAUUGAUACAGAUUCUUCUCCUUUUUAAAAAAAAAAAAGCUUAAAAACAUGUUUAAAUGCUACUGAUUGUAAAAAGACAGUGUUUUAUUUUCUUUAUUAUUAUCUUUAAGGAAGACUGCUCCACGUCCUCUGUGCCUUUCUCCUUUCCUCCCUCUUUCUCUCCCUCCCUCUCUUGUUCUCAACCCUUCUCUCCCUCCCUGGCACACCGCCUCUCAGGGGAUCAGAAGCUUUGCCUUGACUCCAAGCUUGCAGUGCCAACAACACAGCAAUGCCAGUCUGAGCUCCUGAAGGACUCUAAACCAUCUAUUACUCUGCAAUGAAUAGUAAUGUGUGAGUAAGAGGCUGUUGCCAUGGAUUUGUGUGCCCUCAGAGACAGACUGAAACGGUAUGCCUCCCUGUGGCAUUCAGCACAUUAGGGGCUGCAAUACUAUACAGUGUGCAUUGGACUGGAUCUAUAGAGCGUACUAGGAUUUGCAGUGUUUCAUGGGCAAGGAAAGCGACCUUUAAAAAAACAUGGUUAAUUAUCAGUGUUCCUGUUGACUGUAAUAUGCAACUGAAUGUUUCUCAGCUCAACCCCACAAUCAAGGCUAGACUGAAGGAUUGAAGGACGAGAUCUUAGCUGGGGCGAGCCUUGCAGUCCACAACAGCCAGCCUUGAAAUUCACCAGAACAACAAACAGUGCAUUCAGUCAGUCACAAGCAUGUGGUUACUGGACUAGUUUGCAACAGCGUGUUUUAAAGAACGUCUUGGUCAGGGUGUGAUGUAUCAGGAGUUACCUGAUUGAAGAAUCCUCCUCCUUUAGAUUCACGACAGUCGACCGUUACAAAACUACCUAAAAAAAAAACAACAACAUUGUUUUAUAUCUCCUCUAAUAUAUUUUUGAACAAUGAUAAAGAAAUUAUUGAAUAAUAUUUUGUGUUCUCAUGGCAAAAUUACAUACAAAAAUCCUUUUUUUAUAGAUGGAUAGAUAGCUUGCCAAUAUCUAUCAAUCUAUACCCUCUGCAGAGUGGCAGAAGCCUUAGUGACGCAGUAGCGAGUAAUAUGGGGUCAGUGGUUGAGAAACCAGCCGCGACCCCGGGGAGGUCCUCUGAUGCUGUAUACAUUGCACUCUUGUAAAGUGGGAUUUUUAAACGUUGUGUUAGUGUGUUGCACUGAGCCAUUGCAGGAAGAUUGUGUCUUUGCAGGACUAGAAAUCCUCUUAUUCAACUCCAGCAGCGGCCUUCGGUCUUCAGAGAUGAGAUCAGAGGAGGAGGAGAGACACUGGGAAGAGAUCCGGACUUUGGGAAGUGCGGGAGAUUUCUGAGGAGCUCGGAUCUGUGGAUGUUGUGGAAACUUCUUAACGGGAUGUCAAACCCCUCCCAUUGUGUGCUGCUGCAGACAGAACACUACAGACUGUUAUUGUGUAGUUUUGGGUUUUGUUUUUGUAACAGAUAAAAUUAUAAUGUAGACUUAACCUUUUGAAAUUCUGAAAUGAAGACUAUCCAAAAAAAUGCACUAGUACUACUAAUGUCUGGGUUAUUGUUAUUAUUAUUAUUAUUAUUAUUAUUAUUAUUAUUAUUAUUAUUAUAAUAAUCACUAUUACUACAGUUCAGAAGCUGGGUUAUCCUAACGUAAGCCAUUUUUGGGGGAGUAGAAUUUGAUUUGCAAGCAGAAGCAACACAUGCUUCUUAUUGUGCCUAUUUAUAGCUCAAUCAAGGUGUACACAAUGAAUUGAAAAUGGGCUGCCUAACUUAACGUUUAGAACAAAACCACAAGUGUGUGUGUGUAUAUAAAAUAUUAAUUGUGUGUGUGUGUGUGUGUGUGUGUGUGUAUAUAUAUAUAUAUUAAUU